AUGAAGAAAGUGGCUAAUUUCAAUUCACAAGCACAACACUGCAUAUCUAAAGUAGUUAACAAAGCUAUUACAUUGACAUUAGUAUCUUUAGCGAUAAAUGGGCUUUUUAAUUCAAAUUUUGGCAAGCAUGUUCAAGCCGCGAAUUGCAAAAAUGAAUAUAAUAAUGAUGUAGAUUGGUUUAUUAUCUACAAAAUACCGAAAAUAGAAGGGCACGAAGAUAAUGUAUUGAGAGAAGGACUAGGCUACGCUUAUUUGGACAGCGAGGAUGUUAAUUGGAAAUACCCAAAAAAAUCCAUCGAAAAUAGCGAUAACGCUUUAGCUUACACAAUGAAGCAAUUGUACGACAAUAAUGAUCCGAAAGAUUUUAUGUUUCUAACUUACAACGACCAAACUCCUGACAAAAAAUCUCACUCAUCAACAGGACACACCAAAGGUGUUCUGAUGUCCAAUCACAGCGCGGGAGCUUGGUUGGUGCACAGUUUGCCCCGUUUUCCACUUCCAGUUCUAAAGAAAUAUCGGUUAUUUGGCAAUAAACGAAACCAAUAUGUUUAUCCGCCAAACGGAGCUUCUAAUGGGCAAGAUUUCCUGUGCAUGUCCUUCGAUUAUUCUCAAAUGCUCAAUAUAAGCCAAUUAAUAUACUACAACUCUCCAUACAUUUAUGACAAGAACUUACCCAAAGAAUUUACGUCAGAAAAUCAGUAUCUCCAAUGGUUAAGCCAAAAGAAGAAUAUUAACAAGAAACCACCUUGGGCCUUUACAAAGAUCUUUUAUUCCUUGUGGAAUAAAACUCCAUUCGUGGCUUUCGCCAAAUACAAGAAAUUCGAUGCUGAUAUUUACAGUGACAUGAUAGCUCCUUAUUAUGGUUCUAACUUGCUUUCCGAAACCUGGCAACUAAAUUCCAAACAGGCUCUCAACUCUUCCUGCCUUAAACAACCUACUGUUCAAAAUAUCAAAGAAAUUUCUUUCGAUAUCAUAUCCAAUAAUACUAAUCAAGUAUUAGAUUGUCAAAGGAAAAUAUCCUUUUCCGAACUCAAUGAUCAUUCCAAAUGGGCCAUAACUUCAUUUGAUACAAACAACGCUGUUAAAACAAACGACAAAAACAGUGGCGAUAGCAGACCGGUUGUAUGUAUCGGGGAUUUGAAUAGGGGGUAUCCUCAGAAAAAAAGAUCGGGUGGAAUGGUGUGCACGGAAAAUCUUGAGUUAUGGAAGUCUUUUAUGAAAAUUAUCAGCGAUAUAGAAGCCUGCCCUCUCAAGCCAAAACAUUGA